GUCAGUGUCUGAGGUGUAGAAUGUGGGGUGGGAGAAGACAGAGAGGGUUGGAGGGAUGACCAGAAGAGAGGGAGAGAGGGCUCAGGUGUGCAGAUGGAGAACGUUGAGGAACACUCAGCCAACGCUGGGGCCUGUUAUCCAAAACAAGAUCCCUCAGAGCGUGGUGGCGGUCACAUGAUCUCGACGGAUGACCUGGAGUACCCGCGGGAGUACCGGACGCUGGGGAACGGGACGCGGCGUUUCUCCAACGUGGGUCUGGUGCACACCUCGGAGCACCGGCACACGGUCAUCGCAGCCCAGAGCCUGGAGGCCCUUACAAACCUGCACAAGGUGGACAUGGAGCGCAAGAGGGACGCCUUCAUGGACCACCUGAAGAACAAGUACCCGCCCCAGCUGCAGCACCCCGGGCAUCAGCACCACAACCCCCCCUCGCCCUCACCCUCCCACGGCAGCAUGAGGCAGCCUGACAGAGAGCGAGCCGCGCGCGAACAGCAACAACCCAACUACUGGAGCUUUAAGGUCAGUGCUAGUCGUAGCCCACGUCACUCCCAGUCCACCCAGUCUGGGCUAGCUGACCAGGCUGCUAAGCUGUCCUUUGCCUCGGCUGAGUCUCUGGCUGAGACCAUGUCUGAGGCUGACAUCCCCCUGGGGUUCAGCCGAACCGACCGCUUCCGCCAGAGUCUGCCCCUGUCCCGCUCAGCCAGCCAGAACAAGCUGCGCUCCCCAGGCGUGCUGUUCCUGCAGUUUGGGGAUGAGACGCGGCGGGUGCACAUCACCCACGAGCUGAGCAGCCUGGACACGCUGCACGCCCUCAUCGUGCACAUGUUCCCCCAGAAGCUGACGGCGGGGAUGCUCAAGUCCUCCAACACGGCCAUCCUGAUCAAGGACGAGGCGCGAAACGUCUUCUACGAGCUGGAGGACAUCCGGGACAUCCAGGACCGCAGCAUCAUCAAGAUCUACCGCAAGGAGCCCAUCUACGCCUCCUACCCUGCCACACACCUGGUCAACGGGGACCUGAGGAGGGAUCUGGUGUACACGUCCCGAGAGUCCUCCCCCACCCGCCGCCUCAACACCCUGCCCUCCUCCUCCGCCUCGCCCCCAUCCGGCUCCCCAUCCCGCUCCCGUCUGUCUUACAGCGGGGGUCGGCCCCCCUCCUUUGCCGGGCCGGGUAGUCACCCCCAGCUACAACAACACUCCCAGCACCAGCAGCACCCCCAGCAGCACCAGCCCCAGCACUCCCACCACCCUGGAGCCGGCUCCCACCACGGGGGCCCCAACGCCGGCCUAUCCUCCUCCCCUAGCGCCAUCCUGGAGCGCCGCGACGUCAAGCCCGACGAGGAGGUUUCUGGGAAGAACAUGAUGCUGGUGAAGGAGGGGCUGUACGCCGACCCCUACAGCCUGGUACACGAGGGCCGCCUCAGCAUCGCCUCCACACAGUCGCUGGCUGCCAUCGGAGACCCCUUCGGCUUCCCCGUGUCCGGUGGGCUGUAUCGCCGCGGCUCUGUGCGCUCCCUCAGCACAUACUCUGCUGCCGCCUUGCAGGGGGAGCUGGAGGACGCCCUGUACAAGCCUGGAGGUCCCCUAUACUCCGACUCCUAUUCCUCAGCCACACUGGGCAUGGGCUUCCGCAUGCCCCCCUCCUCCCCCCAGAAGAUCCCUGAUAUGCAGCUGAGGGAUAGGGGGGACUCGUACUCUAGCUCCCCUAGCCGAGCCUCUCCGGUCAGGCAGACCUUCCGCAAGGACUCAGCCUCCUCUUCCGUGUUUGUGGAGAGUCCCAAGUCCAGGCCCAGUUCCAGCUCUGACCCUCUGGUCCUGCAGGCCGGGCCAGGAGGGGACGGGAGCAGGUUUGCACCCGGAUACAACUCCCCACUCCCUGGAGAGACUUCUGAGUCCAGGGAGCGUCUGGAUCGUCUGGAUCGUAUGGAGGCCAUGGAGAAACAGAUAGCCAGUCUGACAGGCCUGGUUCAGAGUGUACUGACCAAAGCACCCGACAGUGACAGCACAUGCGGCCUACUGCGUCUCUGCAUGAUGGCGGGCUGCCCUCCGGACCAGGGCUCGGAGUUCUCACGGCCCUUCCCUUUCUCUUCCAGCGAGAAGACCGAAUCCAACAGCGACGGCUCCGCCACUGGAACUGGACGGCUGAAGCAGAAAGCUCUGACGCCGUCGGCCCCGCUGGCUCUGAUGCCCCCCCCUCCCACCGGAGACAGCCAGGUCACCACCGUCACCCGGCUGAAGAUGCAGCUUCACCUCCAUGACCUGCAGCAGAAUGCCACCGACCUGCGCAAACAGCUCUCCCAGCUCCGCAAGAUGCAGCUCCAGAACCAGGAUAGUGUGACGACGCUGCUGAAAAGAACGGAGAAGGAGCUGAACGUGCGUGUGAGUGACGCUCUGAGGAAGCAGGAGGACCCUCUGCAGCGACAGCGCCUCCUGGUGGAAGAGGAGAGACUCAAGUACCUCAACGAGGAGGAAUUUAUCAUCCAGCAGCUCCAUGACCUGGAGAAGUCAGUGGAGGAUAUCCAGAAGGGUUCGUCUGUCAAUCACAAACUGGUGACGGUUCAGGAGCUGGAGGAGAAGGCCUCACUUCUGAGGAAACUAGGAGAGACACUCACAGAGCUCAAGAACCAGUUCCCCAGUCUGCAGAGUAAGAUGCGGGUGGUGUUGAGGGUAGAGGUGGAGGCUGUCAAGUUCCUGAAGGAGGAGCCACACAGACUGGACGCCCUGCUGAAACGCUGCAAGAGCGUCACUGACACACUGACCACUAUGCGCAGGCAAGUGAACGAGGGCGUAUGGAAGAAGCAGGAGGACUUCCCCAAGCACAGCAGUGAGGACUUCCGUAAGAGUUCUGACUUUGACAUGCCCACCAGCCCCCCUCUCAACCUCAGUGACCUGAGGGGCAGCAGCAGCCUGUCUAACUGGAGCCCCCACUCCAGCCACAGCCAUAGUCACAGUCAUGGUCAUGGACCCAGCCACCCCUCCUCUGGCCCUCACAGGGACAAUCAUCCCCCUGUGCCUCACAAGGGCCGGGCCCUGGAAGAGCUGGCCAACCGCGCUGCCGCUGAUAAGGCUGUGUCUGUGGAGGUUCGACUGGCAGCAGAGCGGGACUGGGAGGAGAAACGGGCCAGUCUGACCCAGUACAGUGCUCAAGACAUCAACCGUCUGCUGGAGGAGACCCAGGCUGAGCUGAUGAAGGCCAUCCCAGACCUGGACUUUGCCGCCAAGCAGAUCAACAAGCCCUCCUCCAACACACCCUCCCAGUCUCAGACCCCCCAGAGUGGGGGAGGGACCACAGAGCACCGCCCUACCAAGCCCCAGCACGCCACACACAAGCUCUCGGGGAAGGAACCUGGCUCCAGACGUGGUUCUGAUGCAGAGCAGCUGACAGUGACUCGCUAUCGUACAGAGAAGCCCUCGAAGUCGCCCCCUCCACCACCACCUCGACGCAGCUUCCCAUCAUCUCCGGCUGGCCUGAUCACCCGCAGCGGAGAGACCCUUAUCCCCGGCAAGAGCAUGAAGUCGGAGGUGGAGGAGGCAGAAGCACAGAAGCCCUAUGUGAAGCUGCGACGGACGGUGUCUGAAAACCCACGUCCUGCGUCCACCCCUCCCACCAUCGCCUCUGGAGACAAGGAGGAGGGAGAGGAGGACAAGAUCGCUGCUGAACUGGAGCUGUUUCAGAGAACCCCCCUCAGGCUCAGCCACCCCCCUCCCCUGUCCCUGCCCAGUGUCCCCCGCAGCAGGACCAGCGUGCCCCCCUCCAGCCUUGACCUAUGGUCCCCAGGGGCCCCGGGCACCAAGCUGUCUAGAGCAUCGUUGGACCGCUCUGGCCUACGGUGGAAGCAGGGCAGCUCAGACUGCACUGCCGGCAUACUGGCAUCACACUCACAGGCACAGAGCACGGCCCUUCCUGGUCCGUCCUUCUCUCCUGUCCCCCGGAUUGUGCUGACAGAGUGUGUGUCAGUUUCACUCUCUUCGUCAGAAGGCUUUGGCAGAGACUUGACACAGGACCAUCAGAUGUCCCCAACAGUGGACCUGUCCCAGAGCCAGACUGCUCCUCCCCAGACAGUCCCCCAGAUCCAGGAGGUCUCUAAGGGGAAGGAUCCCGUCAGCCAGCCCCAGAGGAAACCCUCUCGGCGGGGGGAGCUGAGAAUCCUGGACUCCUUUGAGAAGGAGGAAGAGAGGGAGGAGAGAGAAGAGCUGUCCUUGGUGCUGACUGAGCUGGGGGUGAUGGUGAUGUCACCCUCGGAGGCCCAGAAGCUCAGCAGGACCUGGGGAGAGGCUCUACAGACACUCACCAUCCCACCUCAGCCUUCAGAGGAAAGCACUGAACCCCGUCUGUGUGGGGCUCCACUACUGGUACUCUUCAGGGAGUCUGUGACGGUCAGAGAGGCCUACAGGAAGCUGCAGUUACUGCUGGGCAGGGAGGAAGACACAGGGUCAACCAAGGUGAACCCCAAGCCCAGAGCAGGAUCUUCUCACUGCAGCCUGAGCAGCAGCCUCGGUACCCUGGGUUCCAGGAUAACUCUCGCCCCUGAGCAGCAGGACUCUCUGAGAGAGGUUCUGAGGAGAGGGGUGGAGACAGGGGCCAGGAACCUGAAACUCCCUCACAGCACUGGAACAAAGAGCAUUCUAGCCACCCUUCCGGAGCCCAGUCAGGACUCUGCAGAAGCAGCAGUGAAACCCAAAGGGUCUGCAGGUUGUAAGGAGAGCCAGGCCAGGGAAGAACAGGGACUGAACCCCUGGAAGCAGGGAGAGGACAUUAGGAGCAGCACCUACAGCAGGCUGGACAGCCUGGAUGAAACCAUCCGUGAGCUGGAGAACACCCUGCUGGAGCUCAGUGGCCACCCCACCACAGUGCAUCUCUCCAUCCGCACACUCCCCACUGACACUUCCUUGUCAGAGGCUCCAGCCCCAGCCCAGAUGCCUGGCACCAGCACCUCAGAGACCAAGAAGCCCCCAGUCCCACCCAAGCCCAAACCCUCCUACACUCCUGCCACGAUGACCAAGGGAGGCAACAGCUCUUCAGCUGUGGGUAAAGGCCACUCCUCGGCUGCCUCCAGACUGAAGCACCUGCAGCAGAGCGGCACAGAGAAGACCAAAACUGGCACGAGGGAAGACUUCCUCAAGGGCCAGCAGCAGGCCCAUGGGAACAGCAGCAGCAGUAUUGAGCCCCUCCUGUCAGGCACCAAAGCUGCCAGUUUCUCCAGCCGCCUGUCCUCCUCCAGUUCGGCCUCGACUGUGUUCGCCCCGGGUCUGAGGAAGUAUCCACAGGAGGGGACGCUGUCUUCCCUGACAGUCUCCUCCAGCCAGGCCAAAGCCCUGCUGGCCAGCCUGUCAGCCUCCAGCCUGUCAGCCGCCAGCCUAUCAGCCUCCAGCCUGAGCGCCGAGGCCCUGCUCCUCUCCUCCACCUUCCGCCAACACCGCUUCCUCCGCGAGCAGCAGCGCGCCUCCUCCCUGCCCCUGCCCAACGGCCGCUCCUCCAACUCCACCACCACCUCAACCACCACCUCCUCUUCCUCCUCCUCCACCUCCCCCACCUCCACCACCUCCACCCCCCUCCUCCUCGCCCUCCUCCCCAACCCCCCUGACCUCCCUCAACCUCUCCUCCGUGGGGCUCAAGUCCAGCGGCCGCAGCCUGCAGUACUCCGGCUCCAACAGCUACAAGGAACGUGGCAGCAAGACCCUGCCUAAACCUGUCUCCCCCUAGCAACUCACAGUGAAGUACAAGAGGAUGGAUGAGAGGAGGAGGAGGAGGAGGAAGAGCGCAAUCAAAGCACCAUCACAUGCCAAAAAUGAAGAGGAAAACAAACACACUAGCCCGGCCCUCUGCCCUAGCCCUCAAUUCCAAGAGUCACAUGUAGCAACACAUAUUAGUGGGGAUUUCCCCAGAGUUGACUUUCUGAGUGUCACUUUGCUGCCCUUGGUCUCAGUCCAGAAGCCAUAAUCUUCACAUAUCUAUAAUUAUACAGUACAAGAGUUGAUGGUGGUUCCUCUCUGGCUCUCCCACUCAGUAGUACUGACAGUUCCCCAGACCCCCAGAGAGAGAGCUCCCUCCCACUGCCUUGUCUGGUCUGAUCCGGCCUAGUCUGGUCUGGUCUGGUCUGGUCUGGGUGGACAGAAAAACAGUGCCAGUACUUUAUGAACCCACAGUUUAUCAUCGCACCAUUUGCCAAAUCUUAUUGGAUGGAACCUAAGUGGAGUAGAUGUGAUAUCUAGACUGUGACUUAUAUUAUACAGCGUAGAGUUGCAAUAAUCAACGAGUACAGUACAGUAGCCGUGUGUGUUCAGAGCUAUAGCAGUCUUAUUCCAUCACCUGGCACAAUGUGAAUCUGUAGAGAAAAACAAAGCUAAACCAAGGUGGUGGUUUCCAUUCUGAGACCGUUUUCUGUUUGUUCCUUUCUUUAUUUCAGACUUAUUGCAUCGCCUGUGUAGAAGUCGAAACUGGUGCUAUAGUUCUCCCUGUUUUGUAAAGAGUUUACAUGAAUGAAACGGCUCCCAUUCAAUGUGACUGUACAUUCCACUGUUUAUCUAAUGCUACAUCCCUGGAGUGGCUUAAGGCUUCUUCUAUCCGGCAUCUGAUUCCAUUCUUACCCUCGUUCUCUAUGGCCGCACUAUUAACACAGCAGUUUGGCGAUGGAAGAAAAGGCCAGGGAGUUGCUUUUGUUGAGGUCCUCUGGUUUGAGAGUCUACGCACAAUUGUAUCGCCCACAAUAGCACGUUAUAGGAACAGUAAUGUGAUGUUACAGUAGAUCAGUUAUUUAAACGACUGAGCUGGUGCAAUGAAGAAGGGGGGAAAAUAAAAUAGAUUUAAACAUUGAAAUUGAUCGUUAAAGAAUGUAGAAUGUGUAGACAUGAAUGUUGCACGACAAUCAGGACGUAUCCACAGUGGACGGGUUUUGCCUUGGACUGGCGUUCCCUGCUGCAGUGAUUACACUCUGAACUCAACACACGCUCACGUGACCAGGCACCGGCACACAGCAGUAGAUGCACGCACAGUCUCCGACACGCCGGUGAGACGGAAAUCCGCCAAGCUGCUUAUGAAAAGCACAGUCUCCAGUUGUUUUGAGUCAGAACUGUUGACUAGAUUGCCCAUUUCUCUAUUUCAUGACUGUAGAACCACUGGUCAUGAAUUAACCCACACCGGUUUGAUAAUGCAGUCCUCUAGGUAGUAAUCGAUUUGAAUGGUUAAAAGGGACCGAAUGUUCGAGAGAGAGAAACAACGGCACAAAUUAAUUAAUUACCAGCUGAUUAUUAUUUAUCUGAUUAUUUACAAGACGUGCGGCACAAUGGGUUUCAUUUUGGCCUGUGUGUAUUUUCAGCAUUUGCUCGAGACUAAACCCACAAUGAGUUUAUCUGGACCUCCCCCGACACAGAAGCGGGCUUAGCCCACAGCUGUUGGUUUUGCAGUAGUAAGGUUGCCACUGGAAACGGCUGCUUUUGUUCUGUGAUAUAUGUUACGGAGAAUAAUUCGGUUCAUGUACGAAGGCAGCUCCAGGGUAUAUGAGUGUUCUCCCCUUAAACCGGAGUUCUUACGCAGAUCACUGGCUCCAUUCCUCACAGCUGACUUAAGAGCUUGGAAGUGUUAUAAGGAUAGAAACACACUUUCAUCAAAGACGUGUCGAUGGUUUCCCUGCUGUUAAUCUUACGCCAGCAAACACUCUGAAGCUCUCUUUCUUCUGUGAUGCGUCACCAAGGCGACCUAGGGGGUUAUGGCCGUGUGUAGUCCUAGUUCAUUCUUCAACUGUUCAGGAGACAAGUGCGUGAAACCGAUUCUUUGUGGCAUUGAGAUGAAAACAAUUGCUUGUGAAAGAGGGCGGUGUAAAGUGCAGACAGCUUGAGGUGGGGAGAUUGGUUGUGGUUUUCAUGUUUGAAGGCUAGUGUAAUUAACAAAGUGCUUUAACUCUUCACUACUGGGUUCGUGAGGUGUAAAAGGGCUGGUUAGACAGGUUUAUCUGGACAUCAAUGUUUGACACCCUUUUGAAUUUAAGAAGGCUAUUAUUUUUUGCAACUUGCUAUCUGUGCUGUCCUUUGGGGGAGCUGUGUCUAUGAAUCAAACCCUUCUUGGAAGAGGUUCCCAAUGGACCUGUAUGUCUGACUGCCAUGGUGCUGUUAUAAUUGCACAACAUGAUCGAUGUUGCAAUUUCCCCAUGAGAGCACAGAGUGGACCUAUCUGCAUGAACCCUCUGGAACUUUGGUUUCAUUGGCGACCCACCAAAAUACUGUUCUUGUAGGCUUAUUGCAGUACAGAUCAUGUGCACGUUUGUGUUUUUCAGGCCGAGGAACCUUGGUAUGAUGGCCCAAAUCACAUCAGCGGCUCCGACAACACAUGGUUGUAAAGAUCAGAACAAAGGGGUACAUAUUGGCACACACACACACACACACACACACACACACACACACACACACACACACACACACACACACACACACACACACACACACACACACACACACACACACACACACACACACCAGAGUGUGUCAGAAUGUGGCCGUGGCAUCGCAAUAAGCACACCCUCUGUUCUAUCAGCGAGGAAACCGCAAGCUCACGGCACAGCGAGUUAGUUAAGCCUCACGCUGGCUGCACUGUAGCAAUGCAGGACUCAAGCCCUGGGUUUUGUGAAGUGAACGCCAAAUGAAAGAAAUUCACUUACUCAUUCAACUCCACACUCAAAUCCAUAACUCCCAGCGCUGCUUUUGCAUCUGGCAGGGUGAUGGGGAGGAAGGGAGGGAGGUAUUCACACUUCGCUGCUUUUACACAGGAAAGUCCAAGACGAGAACCCCAAGACUGCGUGACAAUGCUUUUUUGAGUCACCAUAGUACUAGUGUUAUUGGACAGGAGAUUUCAAUAUGGCUGAGUCUUGGAGGGGUUUAUUGGUAAUGGGGAUGAGGAGAGGAGAGGAGAGUGGAGGCACUCGUAGUGAAAGCCCCUGGCAAUCAGAGAAAUAGUUCAUGCAAACUUGAAAUGAAAAGUAGAAUAAUUAUACAUAUAUAAAUAUAUCUUCGUUAAGAUGUUUGUGUAUGAUAUUAAUAUAAUUGUGAAGAGUGUGACACAUAGGUCUGGAUUAAAUUAUUAUAAUGUACAAUUUAAAUAAUCCUCUUUUGGGGAUUUAUAUGAGUAGGCAUUUUGUACAGUUUUCAAUUCUUCAAGAGAGAUAAUGUAGUUCACAUUAGCAAAUUAUUUAUUCAUAAGCAGAACAUUUUUAUAUUUAUUUGAAAAUAUUUAUCUGUAUAGAAGACAGGACAGGUAUGUAAUAUACAGUGGAGCUCAUUUUUAAUUCUGGGAUAUUUUUAUUAGCACUAUUUUGAACAGUUGUGUGAGUUUCCUCUUUUGUUGGCCUGCUGGCCCAUGCUACUGGUAUGUUAAGGGAGAGGUUGCCCCUGAGCUGGUCCAGUACAACGUCUGCUCCCAGGCCUCCACUAGCUAACAUUCAUUUUGAGGUAAGAGGAGCUGUUCCUAGACCUGUUCUUAGGGGCGUGCCUUUUCUUUGUAACUUCUGUUGGUUUACUUAGUCCUCUUCUAUUCUCUGUCCUAGUCUUUGUAUUACAUAGCGCUCCCUAUACCUGACUGAUGUGUUCUUCACCCUUGGCGAAAAUGAAUAGCCCAUACUAGAAACCCCUCUACUGGUAUUACAUCAGCAUGGCCCAAAGUUAUUAACGGAGAAGGAUCUCAGCAUUGAAUACGUCAUUUAGGUUUCAAUGACAAACCAAGAGCCCGUAACGCGGAUAGAUAUGGAACAUUAGCUUUUUCUUCAUCAUCAUAAUCUUUGUCUAUUGAGACGUGUUUGGUUCUGUUUUUAAUAAAUGAAAGAGACAUAUGUCUAUUGUUUGACCUGCUGUCUGUGGUGUGUACAGAACUGUAUGAGGUUCUGACGUGAAUGUGUGGAUGUUCCAAAAUCUUGGCAUCGAGAAGAAAACAAAACAAAAUGAUAUGUAAAUAGACUGAGUAAUUCCUAGAAAGUUCAACAAAAUAUUAUGUCCAAAAUGAUGUUAUAUUCAUUCAAAGAUGAUGGAUUACAAAGGUAUAUUAUAAAACAAUGCAUGAAACAUCGUCAAGCAAUCGCACGGUGCAGUUGAAAAGUGUUGUCUACAUGUUUUCUUAAAAAACAGAGCGAGAUAGAAAAAGCGGUGUACCACUUUCAAGGUUCACGACGGUAGAGAGCCAGACCUUUUUACUUUGGAUAUUUCUGUGACACAGGCGAUGUCCAGUCUCACUGUGAUCAGUGAUGCUACGGUGAUGUGAGGAGCGUUCCCAACCAUCCCGAACGAUCCAGGAACGCUUCAACGCACCUUCACCAGAAAACCCCACCAAUUACGAUCUCCCACUUGUAGAGUAGCGUGACAUAAUCAACAAUACGAAGAAAAAAAAUAGAUCUAUAUAAAUACCUACUGAUACUGGACAUUCUCAUUUAUCAGUGCGGAUGCCAUGAUAUUCUGUGAGAAAUGUGAUUUUUCUUUUUUUCAUUUUCUGUGAGAAGACUGGCAGUUGAACCUGCUUCCUUUUGUACAUACUUGCUGUGGUUGUGUGUCUAAUAAAGUGCACCUCUCUUGUGCA